UCAGCUGACAUUUUAAAUUUCAAAGCAAUAGCAUGUGGAUAUCUUUGUAAAACCAAAAUAUAUUAAAUAAAACGUAAGGAACGCUUUUCAUCAAAAAUUAAAUUUUAUUAAGCUAUUCGUUGCAAAGACUAUAAACUUCCUAAAAAAGAAGUAGUUAUAUAGCAUUAUGAAAAUAUCAGAGCUUCCUGGUGAUGAAGAUUCGGGGUUGACCUGUCGCACUUACGUUUUUCAAAAUGAAAGUCAUACACUAGGAAAUGCUUUGAAAUGUAUCAUAAACAAGUAUGAAGAUGUCCAGUUUUGCGGAUACACAGUCCCUCAUCCAGCUGAAUCUAAAAUGCAUUUCCGAAUACAAACCCAUGAAACCCCUACUCUUGAUGUACUGAAACGAGGUCUUAAAGAUUUACAAAAAGUAUGUGAUCACACAAUAGAUUUGUUUGAAAAAGAAGUAAAAGACUUUAAUAAAGCUUAAUUGGAUUUUUAUUUAAACUAGCUAAUUGGGUAGAUAAGAAGAGAUAUGUAUUUUAGAUAGGAGUCGCAUUCAUUGUGAGCAUCUAUGUCCGGGAAGGAGUAACUGUAACAAAUUUCAAAUCAAUUGGAUGGGUAGCUUAAGUGAUCUUGUGAU